GACUCUUCUACUGGAUCGUGCUAAUUUGAAAGAAACCCACGCAGCUGCUGGACUGCUUUUCUGCUGCGGGCUUGGAAGAGGCUUAUAAUUGUCUACUGUUGCAUGAACGUACGUUCCUUUUGGAAGGGGGUUGAUUUGGCAGCGGGCGAAUUCCGCAGGAUUCUACGAACGGUUGAGCUCUCGCUGAACCAAGCUCCACGGUCUAGCAGAAAGGGGGGAGACCGACUCACGAGGCAGAGUAAUUGCUGGCGGAUGAAAUGGCCAGUCUUAGCUGUGGGUGCGCAUGUACAUCAUGAUCACAGGCCCCUGGUUUCAUCCUUGUGUUUCAUCUACAGAGGCAGGUGGGUUGAUCUUUCCACGGUCUUUCAGCAGGUGCAUAUCUGCACAUUGCUCUAGCACUCCCAAAAACGAAGAGGAUUGUUGCGGGCGUAGCGCACUACAAUACUGCUCCAAUGUUGUUACACAAGUUGCUCAAAUAUUGGAUAUAGAUUGGUACAUGAGGUGCAUGCGUUCAGGGGUGGCGCUUUUGAAGUUGAUGGACUGAUGGCAUGCAAGCUUCGCCACUUGAAGAGCAGGAGAUCCUGGCUUGCAGUGGGCUGAUAUCACUUGCAGUGCAGGGCACGUCACACAGCUGUAACUGAAUCUUCCCUGACUUCUUUCUCCAGAGUAUCGUGGUUCAUCACCUAAAGCAGAUUCGGAAGGAGGUAGAUGUUGAUAGUGGGUCUUCGCAAAUUUCAUACAGAGUUAGGAGGAUCAUCGGGUUGUUUAAACUGCGUGGUGCCGAUUCCUUUGACUGUUAGAAAAUUGCUGACCGAAGAUUAUGAACACUGAGUAGAAUGAAUAUAUAUCCCUUGUGUAGUAACCUCCGUGGUUCUCGGAAUCAGACUCUCACGACUCGCGGUUCAGUCAUGGAAAAGUCAAGUGUCACGAAGGCCUCCUUCUAAACAACUCUAUACCACGACUUUUCAGCUGGUGUUCAAAAGUAUCAGUUCCAGGCGCUGGGCUUGUCAAGAAUGGACUCGGAACUUAGCCACGUAACUCUUAAAUUCACGCUCUAAUUUUCAGGCGCUUGAGUAAUCGAGGACUUAGCGGAGACUUGGGACCGGAGGUUGGUGAGUUGAAGGAGUUAUUCCUCCUGGAUCUAAGUGAAAACAGUAAUCAGGGCGAUAUGAACGUAGCCUCGUGCGAUAAACUUCGCCUUCUGUAAGACCGCUGGAGCAAUUUCCUGGGUCUAGUCCUCUAGCUCUCUACGUUUUCGAUUUUCGUGAAGAGCCAUAGAAAUUCCAGCCAGCAGACUGUUUAUCGUCUAUUCUAUCUCCAUCUGCGCAUUCGGUGUGAUGAGAACUGCUGUACAGCUGAAAGUGGUUCAUUUCUUGAGGUUCACUCAAUCGUGUCACACAGCUUGCCUCGUCAUCAUACGCAAUUCCAAGUCCCAGAAUCAAAGGAGUGUUUCCUUCCCUUUGGUGAUACCAAAGCUUUCCCAAUUGGAAGAAUUGUAAGUGAUGCCUUGUUAUGAUGGUUUAUUCUGUAAUAUCCUUGUAGGGUAAGUUUAUCGUAAGUACGAGUUGAGAGUGUACCCAGAUAACUGCAUGAUUUGGACACCAAAUCCUGGGGAACUGAAAAGAAUUCUUCAUUGGAGCAGAGAUUCUAUCACCGUGUUUGUCCCACACAACAAGCAAGGAAAGAAGGGCCUCUAAAUAGAAGCCACAAACCUUGCAGAAGAUUUGGUAGUGCAGGAUUGUUUGGACGUGUACCGAAGGAAAUCUCCGAUCUUACUAUCUUGUGAGUGCCUCUGUUCCAAAACUGAAGUCGGUCUAUUCUCCGGCAUGAGAUAUUUUCAAGACUUUAGUCAGAGGCUCAAUUCAUUCGAAUGGUUUUAGCUUCAUAACUCGUACAUUAGUUCCAACAGAUUAACUUACAGGUUGUCCAUAUAUGCCGUUUACAUAUAUACUCGUCUAGUUUAAUUCGCUUGUUUUAUAA